AUGAAUUUCAGAUUACAAAAUUGGUUCUCAAAAAAAGAACAAAAAUAUCUUUUUGGAGCUGUAGGGAUCUUCGCACUCUAUGGCUUGACUAACUUCAUUUCCAAAUACAGAAUACAGAAAAAAUACGGCAAACUAUGCGAAAGAAAGAGAAAUGAACUCAAACGAUCCAUUUAAGAAUUCCGAGAAUCAUAGAAUUUAUCUACAGGUUUGACUUAAGAGUUGGAAAAACAAAUAUUAAAUUCCACUAUUGCUGAUAUUAAAGAAAUUCUGUUCGAAAAGAAGGCAACAGUUAAAUAGGUGCUGUUGGUAUUUAUUAAUAGAACAUUGUCUGUGGCCACUUCAGAUAACUUGAAUCUAAUAACCGAUAUCAACUUUACUGAAGCUUUAUUAGAGGCAGAGAAGCAAGAUUAAGAAAUUUCUUAAGAUCCUUAAAUUAUCUAUAAAUAUGAUCUUUUCGGAAUACCAGUUUCGGUUAAAGACACUUACAUUCAUAAAGGGUUUGAUAACACUUAUGGAUUGGCUUCUCGAUUAUUUAAGCCAGCCACCUAUGAUGGAAUCUAAGUGUCUUUAAUAAAUAAAGCUAGAGGUAUAAUAUUUGUAAGAAGCAAUCUACCUCAACUUGCUAUGACUUUUGAAUCUAUCAAUCGAAUAUUCGGCAGAUCGCUAAAUCCUUGGAAUAAGGAUAGAGCUGUAGGUGGAUCUUCAGGAGGAGAGGCCGCAUUACAGGCUGCUCGCUGUAGUGUUAUUGGUAUUGGCUCAGAUAUAGGUGGAAGCAUAAGAAUACCUGCUGCCUUCUGUGGAGUUUAUGGAAUUAAGCCAGGCAUUGGGAGAUAGACAGAAGUUGGAGAAGGAAUCAUUGAAAAAGCAGCUAGUGGAAUGAUUAAUAUAAGACCAUCUAAGGGUCCAUUAGGUCGUAGUGUGGAUGAUCUAACAGUUAUGUUGAGAGUCCUAUUUAAUUCUAAGAAUUAUUCUGAAUUACCAUGUUCAGUUUAGGAUCCGUAUUGGUAACCUCAGGAUCUUGACUUUACUUAGAAUGCCAAAAAGGAUAAACUGAAGAUUGGAUAUAUCGAAUAAUUCAAUGAUUUAUUGCCACCCAAUUGCAUGAAGAGAGCUGUUUAAGAAGCAUGCUAAGCUUUGGUUAGCAAAGGACAUGAAAUAGUUUAAAUAAAUUUGGAGAAAGAAUUGGAACAUGAAUUAGCUGUUGCUUUUCCAAGGUUAGUGGCAGCAGAAGGUGGAUUUAAGUCAUUUGAAGAUAAUUUGUAAGGAGAAAAGAUCAUAGAAGAAUAUGAAUUAAUGGAGACAGGAACUAAGAUUCCAAUAUUCUUAUAAACCUACAUCUUAGCACCUUUAUUAAAGAUAUUUGGAUAAAAGACCCUACAUGUUAUGAGUAAGCAAACUCAUGGUUUAGAUGUUUAUCAAUUUUUGGUGAAUUCAGGAAAGCAAAAGAGGAUGAACUUUUAAUUUUUAUAAUACUUGAAAUCAAAUUCAAUUGAUGCGGUAAUUGUACCUGGAUUUGGUUGUCCAGCUGUUAAGCAUGGAGCAUCAAAAGUGUUACCUUUGGCAGCAUUAUACACAUGGAUAUGGAAUACAGUUGAUGUUCCCGCAGGAAGUAUGCCAAUAACAAGAGUCUAAGAGGGAGAUGAUCUAAAAAUUGAAGGAAAGGAAAGGACUAUAGAUUUAGUUUAUAUUAUGAUGAAUCAAAAUAUGAAAAAUGCCUAGGGAUUGCCAGUUAAUGUUCAAGUUAUAUCAUACCCCAAUCAAGAGGAAAUGGUGCUUAGAGUAAUGAAAGAAAUCGAAGGAGUUGUUAAAUUUAAUGAGAACCACCCUUAUCCAUAUUGA